CUGAUGCCGCUGUUCUUGUUUUUGUUCGACUACGUCACGUUCCUUCCCGUCUCCGCUACCUCCGUGUGUUCCUGUCUCGCACAUCCCGCUUCCGGCAGGUUUGGUGAUGGCGGAUGAAAGCGGCGACUGUCAGCGGCUUCCACCGGAACUGGAUGAGGAGGCCCCGGGAACUAACAGUGACACAGAAGGAGAGGAUAUCUUUACCGGAGCUCAUUCAGGGGUGCCUGCUCCAAAGACAAAGAAAGAGCCUGUACCAGACCAGACUUCACGGGAAAAUGGUCUCUUUCUGGAAGACGAUGACCAAGAUUUGUUUGCAGAGUCCACUGUCAAGCUGUCAGUGGAUAAUUCUCAAAAAAUCCAAAAAGAAGAGCCUCCAAAAGUGUCGCUAACCACCCCCAUGCUUAUUGAAGCAGCUAGCGCCUCCACCAAGCAAAAGAGCUAUGAAGAGUUGGAAGAAGAAGAGCAAGAAGACCAGUUUGAUGCGAAGAUUAGUGUCACAGACCCCGAGAAAAUUGGUGACGGUAUGAAUGCAUAUGUAGUCUACCAAGUUACAACUCAGACCAAUUUACUAAUGUUUAAGAGCAAGCACUUCACUGUGAAGAGACGGUUCAGUGACUUCCUGGGCCUAUAUGAGAAACUCUCGGAAAAGCACUCACAGAACGGGUUUAUUGUAGCACCACCUCCAGAGAAGAGCCUUAUAGGCAUGACCAAAGUAAAGGUGGGCAAAGAGGACUCUUCUUCAACAGAGUUUCUGGAGAGAAGAAGAACAGCUUUAGAAAGGUACCUCCAAAGAAUAGUAAGUCAUCCUACACUCAUUCAGGACCCUGAUGUGAGAGAGUUUCUGGAGAAGGAUGAGCUUCCACGUGCAGUCAGCACCCAGGCUCUAAGUGGAGCAGGACUUCUCAAGAUGUUCAACAGAGCCACUGAUGCAGUCAAUAAAAUGACUAUUAAAAUGAAUGAAUCAGAUGUUUGGUUUGAAGACAAAUUCCAGGAGGUGGAAUGUGAGGAACAACAUCUCCGAAAGUUGCACACAGUGGUGGAAACUUUAGUGAAUCACAGGAAAGAACUAGCACUGAACACUGCUCUAUUUGCCAAGAGUCUGGCCAUGCUGGGGAGCUCAGAGGAUAACACAGCCCUUUCUCGGGCUUUGUCUCAACUGGCUGAGGUAGAGGAGAAGAUAGAGCAGCUACACCAGGAGCAGGCCAACAGUGAUUUCUUCCUGCUUGCGGAGCUAUUGGCUGAUUACAUCCGUUUGCUCUCUGUGGUCAGAGGGGUAUUUGAUCAGCGAAUAAAAACCUGGCAGCGAUGGCAGGAUGCUCAGGCCACCUUACAGAAGAAGAGAGAAAAUGAGGCUAGAUUGCUGUGGGCCAACAAACCAGACAAACUGCAACAAGCAAAGGAUGAGAUUGCAGAGUGGGAAUCCCAGGUCACACAAUAUGAAAGGGAUUUUGAGAGGAUUUCUGUUACAGUACGAAAGGAGGUCAUGCGGUUUGAGAAAGAGAAGUCUAAGGAUUUUAAAGGUCACAUAGUUAGAUAUCUGGAGACACUGAUGAAUUCACAGCACAAACUGGUUAAAUACUGGGAGGCGUUUUUACCUGAAGCAAAAGUUAUAUCCUAACUGGUGUGGAUUGAAGAACAGCCCUGAUGGUUCUAUUCCUCUUCUGCCAUUUUUAUAUUAAUAUAAAUAAUAUACCUUCUGCCUUUUAGAAAACAGUGAUGCACACUCAUAUUUACCUUCCAAACUGUGAAACAGUCUGCAACUUCUUUGCGCUAAACAUAUUUUCUGUGGGUUGCUGUGGGAGUGUUAAUCAAUGGUGUCCCUCUGUAUAUUCUCAAGUCACCAGACCAAGUUUUAAAGCUUAAAGUGAAAAAACCCUCAAAAUAAGGUUCUUGUAAGGGGACAGUUAAGUAUGCCCUAUAACAAAUUGCACUUUUAACAAUCUGGUUUUUACAAGGGUUGCAACACUUCACGGCGUGCAACUUCCUGAGAUAUUGCACAUCACAAGAACAAAGACUGUACGAUUUGUGCCAGAGUGCUUAACAUAGGAAAACUACAGAACUUUGCAGUAGUGUGGCAGCAUUGUGAAUUAGACCCACGCUGUACUAAUAAAUCAGAAAAAUACUGUUA